AUGUCGCGAGACGAAGCCACAUCACGUAAUGGAGAACCCUCUCCAGCUACUCCACUCCUGGGGAACACCAGUCCGGAUGAUCCCCGGCACCAAAAGAGCGGCGGUCCUAAUAUCCGCGCCCUAGUGAUCUGUGCCGCAUUUAUCUUCGUCGUCGACUUUGCUUCGGAAUUGCGCAUUGCGCCUACUAAUCAGCUACUGGAAUUGUCCGUGUGUCGAUCUUAUUAUCGUUCCAUUGAUCCUAUAACUAUCGCACCUGAUGGGACCAUCCUGGGCAAGAGUUGCAAGGUACAUGCGAUCCAACGAGAAGUGGCGGUUUUGAGGGGUUGGUUAGGGCUUGCGGAGGCACUCCCGGGAUUACUCCUCGCCAUUCCCUAUGGGCUUCUGGCUCAACGAUAUGGGCGAAAGCUGGUGGCGACCUUGGGGCUCACUGGGGGGAUCAUAGCUAAUCUCUGGAUCUGGGUUGCUUGUCACUACCUGCAACGGUUCUCCAGCUUGGCUAUCGCCGUAUCUGCUAGCAUUCGGCUCAUUGGGGGAGGAUCUCCUGUCAUUUCGACCAUGUUGAUUGCAUUAGCCUCGUCGUUUGCAUCUUCACACAAUCGCACACGGGUCUUCUUCUACAUGGCUGUUUCACAGAUGGCUUCCGGACUCCUAUCUACACCGCUGAGUUCGUUGCUCCUGUCGCGAUCUGGGCCUGAUGUUCCCUACCUCCUGGGGGUUCCGUUCGAAUUAGUAGGGUAUUUGUGUCUGUACCUUUUACCCAACCCGGAACCUUCAUCUAAUCCUGGCAACUUCAACGCGAGCGACGAGAAUGAAGCCCAACGAGGCUUGGUCCCAAAACGUAAAGCGGCGCAUCCAAGAGAAGUCUUCGCCUUUCUCCUCUCUCCCACUGGCCUCCUCCCUCUUCUGUUGGCAUUCAUGGUCAACAAAAUCAGUCGGCAGAUCGAAGAGAUUAUCGUCCAGUACAUGACGGUUCGAUUCGACUGGACAGUCGCACAGAGUGGUUAUUUGCUAUCCUUGGAAACCGCCAUGCAUAUCAUCUUGGCCUGUGCCGUCUUACCAUGGGCUCAUAGAUGCUUACUGACAAGAUCGGGCCGCAACGCGGCACGCGCCGAUCUGCUCAUGGCAAAAGGAAGUGUCGUGUUUCAUAUUGUAGGACCGCUGAUCAUGGGUCUUGCCUCUCAUCCCGGGGGGUUAAUUUUGGGCCUCUUGAUAUUCAUCAUGGGAACCGGAUUCUACCAAUCCGUGCAAUCGUACGUGACUGGGACUGUUUCGCCGGAGAACAUUCCAUUGCUGUAUACCUCCAUCACCGUGUUGGAUGCCUUGGGCUCUCUGGCAGCUGCCCCCUUGAUGGCAUAUAUGUUGGCGAUCGGCAUCCAGAUGGGUGGCAUGGCCAUCGGCCUGCCGUUUCUCUUGGCUGCAGCCUUAUAUGCUGCCAGUGGAGUCGGUGUUUGGCGCGCUCGUGUGACUGGUGUUUAAGCUUGUUACCUUGCACAAGCUUGUGAUUAUGGGGUGUGAUAUUGUACCGUUGUUGAGAUUGCCUCUGUAGACAGGGUUUGCAGUCUCGUGAUGCUUAUCUUUGUUGCUGUAUUAGAGCCACCAGCAUUUUGAUUACGGCAACAGCUAAAACACAAUCGGGG